CUCCUGCUAAAGAGAGAGACGGAGCCCGUCCAGAGGAGCAAAGGGGGGAGCUGUCCGAAAAACACAAAUAACACCCCGCAAAAGAUCUGAUCACUAUCGCAAUAGUCUUUAUGUUUCUGAAAAAAAGACAACCGAUUUGGAUCUAGGGGUCCAAAAAGGCAGGAACGAACGUUGGAGCAAAGCAUUCUAUUUUUUAAAUUACCAACUCACCAAAUGAACUCCGUCAGGGCAACCAACAGAAGACCCAGGCGAGUAUCGAGGCCGCGCCCGGUGCAGCCGGAACGGAACAACGGUGAAAGAGGUGCCAAUAUGCAGUAGAGAAGGACAGACAGUAGCCUACAGGUGAUCAGUACAACAGGUAAUCACAGAUGAGGACGUGCCUGCAGAUAUGGUCGCAGAAGAAUCCGGUCCAGGAGCUCAGAACAGUCCGUAUCAACUCCGCAGAAAGUCCUUAUUGCCCAAGAGAUCAGCGUGCCCCACUAAGAGCAGUAUGGAGGGUGCCUCCACGUCCACGACAGAAACAUUCGGCCACAGAGCGAAGCGAGCUCGUGUGUCUGGGAAGUCCCAGGACCUACCUGCGGCCCCAGCAGAACAGUACCUCCAGGAGAAGCUGCCAGAUGAGGUGGUCCUGAAGAUAUUCUCCUACCUGCUGGAACAGGACCUGUGCCAGGCGGCAUGUGUGUGCAAACGGUUCAGCGAGCUGGCCAAUGACCCCAUCCUCUGGAAGAGGCUUUACAUGGAGGUGUUUGAGUACACGCGUCCCAUGAUGCAUCCGGAGCCAGGGAAGUUUUACCAAAUCAACCCUGAAGAGUACGAGCAGCCCAACCCCUGGAAGGAGAGCUUUCAGCAGCUGUACAAGGGUGCACAUGUGAAGCCGGGCUUUGCGGAGCAUUUCUACAGCAAUCCAGCCAGGUACAAAGGGAGAGAAAAUAUGUUGUAUUAUGACACCAUUGAGGAUGCGCUGGGUGGAGUCCAAGAGGCACACUUUGAUGGCCUCAUCUUCGUGCACUCAGGCAUCUACACUGAUGAGUGGAUCUACAUAGAGUCCCCCAUAACCAUGAUAGGAGCAGCUCCAGGUAAAGUAGCUGAUAAAGUGGUGAUUGAGAACACCAGGGAUUCCACCUUUGUGUUCAUGGAGGGGUCAGAAGAUGCUUAUGUUGGCUACAUGACCAUCAAGUUUAAUCCAGACGAUAAGUCAGCCCAGCACCAUAACGCCCACCACUGCCUGGAGAUCACGGUCAACUGCAGUCCCAACAUUGACCACUGUAUCAUUCGCAGCACCUGUACAGUUGGCUCAGCUGUAUGUGUCUCUGGCCAGGGGGCAUGUCCCACCAUUAAGCACUGCAACAUCAGUGACUGUGAGAACGUCGGCCUGUACAUCACAGACCAUGCACAGGGCAUAUAUGAAGACAAUGAGAUCUCCAACAAUGCCCUUGCUGGCAUCUGGGUGAAAAACCAUGGGAACCCCAUCAUCAGGCGGAAUCACAUUCAUCAUGGUCGGGAUGUAGGCGUCUUCACAUUCGACCAUGGCAUGGGCUACUUCGAGAGCUGCAACAUCCACAGGAAUCGUAUUGCUGGCUUUGAGGUGAAGGCCUACGCUAAUCCCACCGUGGUGCGCUGUGAGAUCCACCACGGCCAGACGGGCGGCAUUUACGUGCACGAGAAGGGCCGGGGCCAGUUCAUCGAGAACAAGAUCUACGCCAACAACUUCGCUGGCGUUUGGAUAACGUCCAACAGCGACCCCACCAUCAGGGGGAAUUCCAUCUACAACGGGAACCAAGGAGGCGUGUACAUAUUUGGCGAUGGGAGAGGCCUCAUCGAAAUGAAUGACAUCUAUGGCAAUGCACUAGCAGGCAUCCAGAUCCGAACCAAUAGCUGCCCCAUCGUCAGGCACAACAAAAUACACGACGGCCAGCAUGGAGGCAUAUACGUGCAUGAGAAGGGCCAGGGCGUGAUCGAGGAGAACGAGGUGUACAGUAACACGCUUGCCGGCGUGUGGGUGACCACGGGGAGCACGCCAGUCCUCCGCAGGAACAGGAUACACAGCGGCAAACAGGUCGGUGUGUACUUCUAUGACAAUGGCCAUGGAGUGCUGGAGGACAAUGACAUCUACAACCACAUGUACUCUGGAGUGCAGAUCAGGACUGGCAGUAACCCUAAAAUUAGGCGCAACAAGAUCUGGGGUGGGCAGAAUGGUGGCAUCCUUGUCUACAAUUCUGGCCUGGGAUUCAUCGAGGACAAUGAGAUCUUUGACAAUGCUAUGGCUGGGGUCUGGAUCAAGACGGACAGCAAUCCUACACUGCGCAGAAACAAGAUCCAUGAUGGCCGAGACGGAGGGAUCUGCAUUUUCAAUGGUGGAAGGGGCUUGCUGGAGGAGAAUGACAUCUUCCGGAACGCACAGGCUGGCGUGCUGAUCAGCACCAACAGCCACCCUGUCCUGCGCAAGAACCGCAUCUUCGACGGCUUUGCUGCAGGCAUUGAAAUAACAAACCAUGCCACCGCCACCUUGGAGGGUAAUCAGAUUUUCAACAACCGCUUUGGCGGUCUGUUUCUUGCAUCCGGCGUCAAUGUCACCAUGAAAGAUAAUAAAAUAAUGAACAAUCAGGAUGCUAUAGAGAAGGCAGUGAGCAGAGGCCAGUGCCUGUACAAGAUCUCCAGUUACACCAGCUACCCCAUGCACGACUUCUACAGGUGUCACACUUGUAAUACGACGGACAGAAAUGCUAUCUGCGUGAACUGCAUUAAGAAGUGUCACCAAGGACACGAUGUAGAGUUUAUACGGCACGAUAGGUUUUUCUGCGACUGCGGUGCGGGAACGUUGUCCAAUCCAUGCACAUUGGCGGGAGAGCCCACGCACGACACAGACACUCUGUACGACUCAGCGCCCCCUAUUGAGUCCAACACGUUACAGCACAACUGAGCCCUGCCCCCCCUCGGCCCCCGCUGGCCCCCCCUUGGCCUGGCCGCCACCGGCCUGCCCACUGGACAUGAGCUUCUGCUGCCCAGAAGGACUCUGUAAUGACUGUCACACUGGGGAGGGGGGGAACCCUUGCAAGAGCUGUAGGAGGGAGCCAGACUACGGGGGAAGCUGUGCCCUCAAUGUCCCAGCGCUGGUGUAAGAGACCACACCGGUGCUCACUGCAACGCACAUGGACGUCCAGGCACUUGCCUGACCUUUCAGCUCCAUAAAGUGGCCUUCGGAGGCAACUGAAGGUGGGGAAGAGCCGCUCAAGGGGGGGGGGGGGGGAGAAAGCAGGACGUGGACUCAGGACUUGGUGGGGAGGGGGGGAGGGGGGGAUAGCGGAGGAGGAUGAUGUGGUUCCAGGUGUCCAUUCGGGUUGGGGCAUAAGAAGAGACUGUCACUGCUCCCCUCCCCACCACCACACCCUCCUGACCUCUUCAGUGUGUGAAGAAUAGACUGGAGGAGGCAGCGCUGCAGUUUUGUACAGAACCCAUGGCUGAAGAUGCCAGAUCUUCCCCCACCCCCAGUAGAAAAGGGGGUUACCUGGACAGGAGGAUAAGCCAUGGGGACAUGGCCACCGUAGCAUCUGUUUCUUAGGCAACAGAGGCGCCGGUGUUUAUGUAUGUUUAAAGAAAAAAAUGUAAUAAUAAAAAAUAAACAAUGUGAUUAGCACUUCUGCCUUUUUAAUAUGGUAUUCUGAUCAACAAAUAUGAUUUAAUGCUUUCUCAUGUAGUUUUGUAUUUUCCAGCAAAAAAAAAUCUUACUGUAUUUGAAUGUCUUUUAUUUUAUUAUAUAUUAUAAUUAUUCAUAUUGUUAUUAAUAUUUUUUUUUUUUGUCGUUGUUGGCACACCAUAGGCUUGCUGUCAUCAUACUCUUGUCCCAGCAGUUAAGUUCUUUCUGUGAAAGAGGAUUACUGCAAAAAGAAAAAAAAAUUGGAAACUGAACACUAAAGUAUGUCCUCCAGCUUCGUAGUGUUUGGAAACGGUAGGCUGUGUUUGGUUUGUGAUGUAGGAGACCUGGCAGUGUGUUUGAAAUGGACAGUGAAAGUGUGUGUGUGUGCGCGUGCGAGUGUGUAUGCGCGUGUGUGUGGAUGAUUUUUAUUUACGCUACCCAUGUUACUCUUGUAUGUUUUUCCCAACUUCCUCUCACAUUGUGGUCAUGUCGAAUUAAAAUGGGCAGUUAUUCAA